AUGAUUAUUAGGCAAGAACAUUUGCGUUUACUACAUGCAGGAACCCAAACUACUCUCGCUAAUAUAAGACUUAAAUACUGGCCGAUAAAUGGUAGAAGAGAGGUUAAAAAGGUUAUUCAUAGUUGCGUCACUUGUUAUAAAUUCAGAGUAACAACACAAACACAAUUGAUGUCCGAUCUACCACUAAGCAGAAUUAAUCCAGUAAGACCUUUUUUAAACGUAGGAACCGACUACGCCGGCCCAAUUAUGCUAAAAUCAAGUAGAUUGCGCAAGGCUCCCUUAAUCAAAUCGUACAUUGCGCUUUUUAUUUGUUUUGUUACCAAGGCGAUACAUUUAGAGUUAGUAACAAGUUUGUCUACAGAUGCAUUCAUAGCCGCUUUAAGACGUUUUAUAUCUCGACGAGGUCGCUGCGCCACGAUUCAUAGUGAUAAUGGUACAAAUUUUGUAGGGGCAAAGCACCAUUUACACGAACUUUUUAAAUAUUUUAAGAAUGAACAAGAAAGAAACAAAUUAAUUGAAGCCGUAUCAGUGGAGGGCAUCGAAUGGAAAUUCAUUCCAGCUCACGCUCCACACUUUGGCGGUCUUUGGGAAGGGGCUAUAAAAUUAGUUAAAUUGCACAUACGCAGAGUAAUAGGCAACACAAUAUUAACAUUUGAAGAGUAUUACACAUUUCUAACCCAAGUAGAAGCUAUAGUAAAUUCGCGUCCAUUGAUAGCUGUUUCCGAUGACGUUACGGAUUGCGGAUAUUUAAGCCCGGGACACUUUUUAAUUAAUGAUGUGAUAGCCUCAUUUCCUGAGCCCCAAUCAAAAUGUAAUAAUGAUAUCUUGAAAUGUUGGCAAGAUGUCAAUAACCUAAAACAAAUGUUUUGGAAUCGCUGGUCUACUGAAUACUUGUCUCAACUACAAGGACGUAAAAAAUGGUAUAAAACCAACCCAAAUCUUGAGAAUGGAACAAUUGUUUUAGUGAAAGAGGACCAUAUACCACCUCUCCAAUGGAAUAUUGCAAAAGUAGUUGAGACAAAAAAGGGACCAGACGAUAAAAUACGAGUCGCAAUAAUUAAAACAGCAAAAGGGUUAUAUACUAGGCCUAUCACAAAAUUAUGCCCACUUCCAUUUAAUAUGUAA